AUGCCGCCGCUCCUCACCUUCUCCUCGCCGGCGCAGUCGCUCCCAGUCCCAGCGCCGUCCAGGGCCUGGUUGAGGGUCGCUGCUUCCGCCGUCGUUGGUGCCACCGGCCAAGCCACCAACGACUUCCCGUCGUUCCUUCCCAGCGCGGUCGAGAGCAUCCGCGACGGUGCCGCCAUCCGCCUCGCCAAGCGAAUCCAGCGCGUGCCCGUCCAGACCGGCUUCUCCACGAGCCCGAUACUGAGCAGCUGCGUGAGGCCACUCAAUCAGCAGCAGAGCAGUGACCCGGUCCUGCUGCUCCAUGGCUUCGACAGUUCUUGUUUAGAGUGGAGGUACACCUACCCUUUGCUGGAGGAUGCUGGAUUGGAGGCUUGGGCUGUGGACGUUCUUGGAUGGGGCUUCUCUAAUUUAGAAACAAGGCCACCAUGUGAUACUGUGUCUAAGCGCGAGCAUCUUUACCAGUUCUGGAGAUCCUACAUCAAGAGGCCUAUGGCACUAGUUGGAUCUAGCCUGGGUGCUGCUGUUGCCAUUGAUUUUACAGUCAACUACCCAGAAGCGGUAUCAAAAUUAAUCUUCAUUGGUGCAAGUGUAUAUGCUGAGGGCACAAGAGAUAUGACCGGAGUGCCAAAAUUUGUUCCAUAUGCGGGGGUCUUUGUACUGAAGAGUCUUCCUCUGCGAAUGUUGGCUACACACUUGAUGUUUAAUAAAACUCCAGAUGAAUUCUUUGAUUGGGUCCAGAUUGGCCGUCUACACUGCCUACUUCCUUGGUGGGAAGAUGCUACUGUUAAUUUUAUGUUGACUGGGGGUUACAAUGUCGUAAAGCAAAUAAAGCAGGUAAAGCAAAAAUGCCUGGUCUUAUGGGGAGAGGAUGAUGGAAUAAUUAGCAACAAGCAAGCAUUCCGCUUACAGCAGGAACUACCGGGCGCAAUUUUAAGACAGGUAACGCAGUGCGGCCACAUUCCUCAUCUUGAGAAGCCAAGGGAAGCGGCAAAACAUAUUCUUGACUUCCUCCGAAGCAAUAACCCGGGGAUGGACAAGUGA